AAAACACACCAGCCUCUCUUCGCAACACCACCGCGGAUUGCUACUUCCCAGCAAGAUUUUAAGUUGCUGUACAGCCUUUCGCCUGUUCCUACUUGCUGGCUUUGUGUAGAAGGGAAACCACUUGCCGGACUCCUUGCUAUCAGGCUGCCGCGCCAGGUCUCUCGAGUCUCGUUGCUACCGCGUGCGCUUAUCACACGCCCGUACGUAUCGAUGCGGCUCUUAGAGUACAGAGAAGAUGGAGAGCUCAGUGUCACCGCCGACAUGGUUGACGAAGACGCAAUACCUCCUUACGCGAUCCUGUCUCAUACCUGGGGAACGGACGCGGAGGAGGUCACCUUCGACGACCUAGCAAGGAGCGCUGGCAAAGACAAGUCUGGCUACAAGAAGAUCCAGCUGUGUGGAGAGCAGGCAAAGCGCGACAGCUUGCAGCACUUUUGGAUCGACACCUGCUGCAUCAACAAGGCUAACAAGGCUGAGCACUCGCUAGCCAUCCAGUCCAUGUUUCGCUGGUAUCGUAACGCAGCUCGCUGCUACGUCUACUUGCCAGACGUGUCUGCUUCACCUUACGAACCUGACAAAGAAGCGGAACCGUCGCAAUGGGACUUGGAGUUCCGGCAGAGCAAGUGGUUUACGCGCGGUUGGACGCUCCAAGAGCUUCUCGCACCUGGUUUAGUCGAGUUCUUCUCACAAGAAUGGACAAAGCUUGGUGACAAGACAUCACUUACACAAAAGCUUCACGAAAUUACAGGUAUUCAGACUCUUGCGCUGGAAGGGGCCCCUCUGUCUCAGUUCGCUAUCAACGAACGAUUGCGCUGGAAAGAAGGCCGGGUGACCAAACGGGAGGAGGAUGGAGUGUAUUCGCUGUUGGGCAUUUUCGAUGUCGAGUUAGCGCCGAUGUAUGGCGAAGGUGCAGCUGGCGCUUUCAGGCGCUUCAUGGGCGAAAUCCAUAAGCUGGAAAAAUGCGUUCAAGACAUACACAGUACAAAUCCGCACAACGACAAGAAGCGCAUCGAGGAGACUAAAGGCGGAUUACUAGAAGACUCCUAUCGUUGGGUUAUCGACAACACCACUUUUCAACAAUGGAAACAGGACCUGCAUAACCGACUGUUAUGGGUGAAAGGUGAUCCUGGGAAGGGGAAAACGAUGCUGCUCUGCGGCAUCAUAGACGAGUUGCAAAGCUCACUGCCUAAUACUGUCCUUCUAGCGUACUUCUUCUGCCAAGCGACCGACUCGCGUAUCAACAACGCCACGGCCGUGCUACGAGGGCUGCUGUACAUGCUCGUGAAGCAGCAACCGUCACUCGUAUCGCACGUCCGCAAGAAGCACGAUCACGUAGGUAAAACCUUGUUCGAGGAUGCAAAUGCCUGGGUAGCCUUGACGGAGAUCUUCGCGGACGUGCUACGAGACCCACAGCUAAGAACUACAUACCUGAUCAUCGAUGCGCUAGAUGAGUGUGUCACUGAUCUGUCGAAACUGCUUCACUUUGUUGCAAAGCAGUCCUCUGCGUCUUCCCGCGUCAAGUGGAUUAUGUCUAGCCGCAACUGGCCAGAGAUUGAAGAACGGCUAGAGCAAGCAGGGCACAAGGUCAGGUUGAGCCUCGAGCUGAACGCAGAGUUGGUGUCGGCGGCUGUCGGCGUCUUCAUCCAAUACAAGGUAUCUCAGCUAGCACUGCAGAAGAAGUACGACAAGCAGACCCAAGACUCAGUGUUCGAGCAUUUGACGUCGAAUGCAAACGACACCUUCCUCUGGGUAGCGUUAGUGUGUCAGGACCUUCAAGCGACAGCGAAACGAAACGUUUUAAAGAAGCUGGACUCCUUUCCACCAGGACUGAACGCGCUUUACGAGCGGAUGAUGCAGCAGAUCAGUGUGUCGGAUGAUGCUGCACUUUGCAAGCAGGUGCUGGCUUUGACCGCGCUCGUGUAUCGGCCAAUUACGCUGGACGAGCUGGUGGCCCUUACUGAACCGCUCGAAGACAUAGCUGACGAAGCAGAGGUACGGGAGAUCAUCGGCCUUUGUGGAUCGUUCCUCACUUUGCGAGAAGCCACAGUUUACUUUGUGCACCAGUCCGCAAAAGAUUUCCUCUUUGCAAAGGCAGCUAGCGGGGUCUUUCCAGAUGGGACCGAAGCCGCUCAUCGCGUCAUAUUUUUAAGCUCGCUUGCGAUUCUGUCCCGGACAUUGCAAAGGGAUAUGUACAGCCUAGAAGCGCGAGGAUUUGCUACCGACAACGUUGAACCGCCUGACCCAGACCCGCUAGCAGCAUCACGUUACCCGUGCGUCUACUGGAUUGAUCAUCUAUGCGACUCAAAACCCAAGUCUUGGGCAAACAGUGUUGGCGACCUGCAAGUCACAGGCGUAGUCGAUGGGUUUAUAAGUAAGAAGUAUCUCUACUGGUUAGAAGGGCUCAGUCUGUGCAAGAGCAUGGGAAAAGGUGUGGUUUCGAUGGCGAAACUAUGCUCUCUGGUCAAAGAGGCGCGGGAUGCGGAAGAGCUGACUAAGCUUGUCCAAGACGCACGGCGAUUCAUUAUGUACCACAAAGGGGCAAUCGAGAGCUACCCUCUGCAAGUAUAUGCAUCAGCCCUGCUGUUCAGUCCGACAGAGAGUGCGAUCAGAAGGCUGUUCCAGUACGAAGAGCCAAAAGGAAUCACCGUAAAGCCAGCGAUGAGCGAUAGUUGGAGUGCGUGCCUGCAGACGCUUGAGGGCCAUAGCAGGGCUGUCAGCUCUGUAGCCUUCUCGCAUGACUCGACCAAGCUGGCGUCGGCGUCAUACGACAACACCGUCAAGCUGUGGGAUGCGAGCAGCGGCGAGUGUUUGCAGACGUUUACGGGCCAUAGCAGUUAUGUCAGGUCUGUAGCCUUCUCGCACGACUCGUCCAAGCUGGCGUCGGCGUCAUCCGACAAUACCGUCAAGCUGUGGGGUGCGAGCAGCGGUGACAGUAUCGUCAUCUCUGUAGCCUUCUCGCACGACUCGACCAAGCUGGCGUCGGCGUCAUACGACAAGACCGUCAAGCUGUGGGAUGCGAGCAGCGGCGCAUGCCUGCAAACGCUUAACACCGGCAGGGGUCUUCGUAAACUAUCCUUUGACUCCACUAACUCUUGCCUCUGUACUGAGAUAGGUACGAUUGCCAUACACAGCUCAGGAAUUUCUAGCGAGGCAGCAAUCGCGGAACCUGAGCACCCUCUGUACCUAGGCACAAGUCUUAGCUCAGAUAACAUAUGGAUUAAGCAUGAUGGCAAGAACAUGCUGUGGGUACCAUCAGAGUAUCGACCGUUGUGCUCAACGGUGUGCGGGACCAUGGUUGGUAUGGGCGUUGGAACUGGCAGAGUGUGGAUCUGCAGUAUUGAACUCGCAGAGGCUCGUAUCUAUUCGUAG